AUGAAUGCAUCAUUAUUUAAUUCAACAGUAAAUUUGGGACCAACAACCCAAGGAAAGGUUAUUACAAAGACCUUUACAUCUCUACCAUUGCCAUCAAGUGGUAAUUUUGAAAUACUUGCAUUCCAAGCCGUCUUUGUCAAUGAGACCAACGGCAAGCAAUACGAUCGUGAAGACAUCAAGGUCUUGUCAAUCGACUUUUCAGUCAGCAAGCCAUCAACUCGCAAGAUUUUCUCAUUCACCCUCUCCAAUGUGUUUGAGCCAGUCAUCUUGCCAUCACCAUACAUUGUCAACAUCCCAGCUGCCAGCGUACUCUCAAUGGCCAUCUCAUUCCUUGUCACUGACACCUCGGCCACUAAUGUCUCUGUCCAAUACUAUAUGAAGUACGAUACUCCAUCAGCUGCAUCUGUGCCAGUUACCCGUACUGCUGUCUCGGCCGUCGCCAACUUUACCUCUUUCAAUAUCCCAGGCACAGGAGGCGUCUACACACAAUCCAACAACAUUGUCUGGCAACAAAACGUUGAAGCUGUCGUUUUCCAAACCACCGCUUCUCAAGGAGUCCCAACUACAACAUCUGCCUCCACCACCCACACUACCUCCGCCGGUCCAUCCACCACCCACACUGCUACCACCGGUCCAGCUACCUCUGGUCCAGCCACCACCCACACCACCACCGGUCCAGCAGUCUCAACCACCCACACUGCCACCGGCCCAGCUGUAUCAUCUGGUCCACACACCACCACUGGUCCACACACCACCGGUCCAGUCUCCAGCACCCACGGUACCACUGGCCCACACAUCACCACCGGUCCACCAAACACUGGCGCUGGUUCCAGCUCUGGCAAGACCACCGGCGGCUCUAGCGCUGGCGGCAGCUCUGGUAAAUCAUCUGGAGGCAGCAGUUCUGGCAAGUCAUCUGGCGGCAGCAGUUCCGGUAAAUCAUCUGGCAAGUCAUCUGCUGGCAGUUCCAGUGGCAAGAGUUCAUCUGCUGGAGGUACUACCACUUCUGGUACUUCUUCCAAUUCCGACUCUUCCCAAUCUGGUUCAUCCCAAACUGGCUCCCAAUCUGGUUCCCAAACCGGUUCACAAGAUGGAUUCACCUCUACUGGAUCUCAAUCAGGCUCACAAUCAUCAUCCGAGCCAACCUCUACCACUGGUCAAACCUCUGGCACUUCAUCCAACCCAACCACCGGUCAAACCACUGGCACUUCAUCCAGCCCAACCUCUGGUGGAACUGGUACCUCAUCCAACCCAACCUCUGCCAGCACUGGUCAAUCUACUGGUCAAUCCACCGGUCAAUCCACUGGUCAAACCUCUGCCACUGGAUCCACUGGUCAAUCUACCGGUCAAACCUCUGGACAAACCACUGGUCAAACCUCUGGUCAAACCUCUGCCACUGGAUCUACCGGUCAAACUACUGGUUCUAGCACUGGUCAAACCUCUGGUUAUACCUCUGGUGGUUUGGAAGGUGUUAACCGUUUCAAAUUUAACAAUGUCAGAAGACCAAAGAUCAUUUAA